CCCCGAAACUUGCCGCUUAAAAUUAUGCUUUUGUUAAAGAGAGUUUAAUCGCACACACACACACACACACACACACACACACACACACACACACACUCUCUCUCUUUCUCUCUCCCUCCCCCCUUCCCUCUUUCUCACGGAUGUUGACUGUAAAUCCACAGAGAUUUCAUCAGAAGAAGGGGAUAGAGGCCGUAAACCCGGGGAAAGACAUUUUUUUUUAUAUGCGGACGUUAGUAGUAUGUAAGAGGCCGGCUAACAAGAGUGGUCUUGCUUUGACCAGUCUUAAUUCAGCCUUUGACCGAACCAGAUCGGGAAAUCGAGUUCGUCUUCGGUUCAUUUGUUCCGCUAACAAUAAGUAUCGUUCGUCCUCUUUGUUUCCGUACGUUUCGAUAUCUCGGACCGAGGACCAUUUUUACUGACGGGAUAUUAUCUUUACGGUUUGUACGGUCCACGAGCAAAAGAGUUAUAGCCGUGGUGCUAGUAUCGGAGAAUUUCAAUACUGAAUUGCUUUUUAUCGAAACAUCAUGCCGAGUAGUAAAACGAGAAUCGCUAUUGUGGGUGGUGGAGUGGCUGGUUUGGUGGUAGCCCGUCACGCGGUGGCCAAGUUGGACACUUACAGUCUCGUCCUGUUCGAGCAAACCGAUCAGAUCGGUGGUACAUGGGUCUACACCGAUGAAACGGAUCUCGACAAGCACGGGCUUUUGAUACACAGCAGUAUGUAUAAAAAUCUCAGGACGAACAUACCGAAGGAAAUAAUGGCGAUACCUGACUUUCCCUUUCAAGAUUCGAACGGCCCGUCUUUCGCUCGUCACAGCGUGAUAAGAGAAUAUCUCGUGGCCUAUGCGAAGCACUUUAAUCUACAUCCUUAUAUUAAAUUGAAUACUUUGGUGAAGCACAUAGAGCCGGAAAGUACGAGAAAUGGUCAAACGUUGUGGACGGUGACGUACGAGUCACUGGAGACCAAAGCGGAGACCACGAAGACCUUCGAUGCCAUCGUGCUGUGCAACGGUCAUUACACUGUCGGUCAUGUUCCACAUAUUCCAGGUAUCGAAAGCUUUCGCGGUAGACGCAUUCACAGCCAUCAGUACAGGGUGCCGGAGAUCUACGCCGGCAAGAAGGUUUGCAUACUCGGCGCGUCCUGGUCUGGCAUCGAUAUCGCCUUGGAAGUCUCGCAAUACGCCAACAAAGUAUAUCUGAGUCAUAAUCUACCGGAACAGCUCGACUCGAAGAUGUCGAGCAACGUCGAGCAGAGGCCCGGUGUAGAGUCUGUCCGGGGGAACGUCUUCAUCUUCCGCGACGGCUCCACGACGGAAGUGGACGAUUUCAUAUUCUGCACCGGUUACAAGUUCACGUAUCCCUUUAUGUCGGCUAAAGUCGAGAUACGUACGGAUGACGACCACGUGGAACCUAUUUACAAACAUCUGGUGCAUAUGGACUACGCGAACCUGUUCUUCAUGGGCUUGCCAGCGUUCGUAAUACCGUUUCCGAUGUUUCAUAUACAGGCCAAGUAUAUCCUCGGGAUUCUCGAGGACCGCGUCAAGUUACCGUCGCCGCAACAGAUGCGCGAGGAAUACGAAAUGGAGAAGAAGUCCCUGCUGGCUCAAGGCAUUCCUUUGAGGCAUAUCAAUAAGCUCAAAGACAGGCAGUGGGCGUACUACGACGAGAUCGCGGCCGCUGCGAAUAUACCGAGCUUCGCGCCGGUGAUAAAGAAGAUCAUGGAUCACGUUUUCCACAUGCGCGACCUAGACUUUACCACCUACAAAAAUUAUCAAUACCGCAUCAUCGACAGUGAGAAUUUCAGCACGUCUUAUUGUAAACCUUGUUAAGGUCCACGCAGAGAAGACGGAAAAUGAGAAUAAUUUUGAUUGCAA